CUCUCUCUCUCUCUCCCCCCCCCCCCCGUCCACCAUCCCAGCAAUGGUGCGAUCCGGUGCCAGCGCUGCCAGACGGCUUCAGCCGCGCGGCGGCGGCGAGAUGCGCUGCCGAGGGCUGGCGAGGCUGGUCGGGGUUCUGCGGGGCGAUCCGGGGAGGCACUGGGGCGGAGGCGCGAUCCCCGGGACUAUGGAAGGCGACGGCAGCCGGAGCAUCCAUUCGGACAACAUCGACGCGGUUCACGACGUGCCCAUGCGGGUCAUCAUCCGACCCAUCCCGCCGGUCCUGGAGGAGGCCAAAGUGGAGAGUCUCAUGCGCACCAUCCAGGAGGAGGCUGACCAGGUGCCGCCAAUAGAUGUCCUCUGGAUCAAAGGCCGAGAGGGAGGAGAUUACUUCUACUCCUUCGGAGGGUGUCACCGCUAUGCGGCGUACAAGCGUUUGAACAAGGAGACCAUCCCAGCGAAAAUCGUCCGCUCCACUGUCAGUGACUUGCGCACGUACCUGGGCUCCUCCUUGCCUGACUUGCGAUAGGCGGUGCUCUUGAAACACAACACCCCCAGCCACAGGGGUCAUGACAAGGCCACCUUGUGCAGCUGGAAAGAUGGAACUUGUUAUCAGGCGUGGGCUGAUAACUCUUAUUUCUUCCACGACAAGGACUCGUUGGCCGAGUUGAUAUCCUCCACUUCUGUGCUGGGCACAUUCUGUCUGCCUAUGCUGCUUCCCUCCAAGACUGUUUUGGCUAAGAAGCCAUGGGCAUAAAGAAUGCCAGGCACAUGGUAGUGUUCUUCUGGGUUGAACUGGGUUGAAAUCUGACAUGGAGAGGCAGAAGGGAUCGCUUGGUUGUUGUACCCAAUAUUACCUAAGUCCCAUUCAUAGAAUCAUAGAAUAGUAGAGUUGGAAGGGGCCUACAAGGCCAUCGAGUCCAACCCCCUGCUCAAUGCAGGAAUCUACCUUAAAGCAAGGCCUCUAGUGUGGGAAAGCCCACGACCACCCUAGGUCAUUGGUUCCAUUGUCGUACUGCUCUAACAGUCAGGAAUUUUUUCCUGAUGUCUACCUGGAAUCUGAUUUCCUGUCACUUGAGCCCAUUAUUCCAUGUCCUGCACUCUGGGAUGAUCGAGAAGAGAUCCUGGCCCUCCUCUGUGUGACAACCUUUUAAGUCUUUGAAGAGUGCUAUCAUGUCUCCCCUCAAUCUUCUCUUCUCCAGGCUAAACCUGCCCAGUUCUUUCAGUCUCUCCUCAUAGGGCUUUGUUUCUAGACUCCUGAUCAUCCUCGUUGCCCUCCUCUGAACACGCUCCAGUCGUUUCUCCUUCCUUCUGACUCCUACAAUAAUCUGAAAUUUGUAUCAUUUAAAACAUGUUCUUUAAUAUUUUAAAGAGUUUUUCUUUUAGAAAGUCUAUUUUGGCAAAGAAGCAGAUAAAGUAAUAAAACCAAAUGUUUCAAAA